AUGCGGGGGAAUCAGCAGCCCCGCCGCCAGGAUCAGCGCGCACAGCGCUCACCCUGGCCCGCCUUUGCCAACAGCCCUGCUCUGCAAUGGAAUCAGGGCCAGCCGACUGCCAAUGUGACCAACCUCUCAGCCAUGGGCCGCAUGAACGCGGGCCUAUCCGGCCCCUUAGCCUUCGACCCCGAUACCAGCUCAGCCUAUGAUGCUCUGCAACCACAGCCUUCCACUCAGGACUUCAGCCAAGAGCCUACCGACGAGCCGACUGUACAGUCACUAGCCGAUCGCCUCAGAUCUUUGGAAGCUCGCAUCGGCAUUCUGGAAGCCGACCGACGCGGUGCACAACAAGCCUUGUGGCAUCAUAGCCGUCGCGCACAUGAGCAACCCCGCCUUCGAUGCUUGCUCUCGCCAUGGGUUUUUCUCAGUGCCAAGGUGGACGCCGUCAGGAUACGCCUGGACCAGACCUACGCCAGGGUAGCCGGCUUGCUCCUGACUCUUCAGCAAGCCUUCCCUACGAUAGCCCUAUACUUCACGGAGUCAGCCGUGGAUGCUUGCCAAUAUCAGGGACCCGCAGCCUUGUUGGACUCCGAAGGAGAUCCUGAAGCAUAG